AUGACAAAAUCAAAGGGGGAUCGCGUUCCCCUUAAAGUCUCCCAUUCCAAUCCCUCAUUGCAGGUGACCGCAGACCACAAGCUCAAAACUAUCGACACACCUGUUUACCCCCCUAAACCAGGGGAGGCGCUGGUUCAUAUCAAAGCAACUGGAAUUUGUGGGUCUGAUAUUCACUUCUGGAAGACCGGGCGUAUUGGAACGUUGGUGUUUGAAGGCGACUGCACCAUUGGGCAUGAAGCUUCGGGUAUCGUUCUGCAGUGCGGCGAGGGGGUCAACCAUUUGAAGCCAGGUGAUCGAGUUGCUGUGGAACCUGGUGUUCCCUGUGAACGCUGUUUCCUCUGUGACGAGGGACGUUAUAAUCUGUGCGAGGAUGUCGAGUUUGCUGGCGUUUACCCUUAUGAAGGCACCAUUCAGCGUUACAAGAACCACCCUGCCAAAUGGCUGCACAAGCUGCCUGACAACGUCACUUUUGCCGAAGGCGCUCUUCUCGAGCCACUUUCGGUGGUGAUGCACGGCAUCAAGACGGCUGGUCUUUCGUUGGGCCGUGGUGUGGUUGUAUGCGGUGCAGGCCCUAUCGGCUUGAUUGCUUUAGCUGCAGCUCGUGCCUCGGGCGCACAUCCUAUCGUGAUCACAGAUCUAGAGCCCUCUCGACUGGCCUUUGCGAAGGAUUUUGUCCCGUCCUGCAUUACCUAUGAAGUGGAUCGUACAAAAGAUGCAAAAGGUAAUGCAGAGGCCAUUCGAGCUCUCUUUGGGUCUGGUGAAUAUGUUGCUCCGGAAACCAUUCUCGAGUGUACGGGCGUGGAAAGCAGUGUGUGCACUGCUGUGUAUACUGUGCGGCGAGGAGGCACCGUGAUGGUGAUUGGUGUAGGAAAACAGAUCAUGAACAACUUACCUUUUAUGCAUGUUUCGCUCGCCGAGAUUGAUCUCCGGUUCAUCAACCGCUACCGUGACACAUGGCCCCCGGCCAUUGCCUGCCUGAGUGGUCGAAUCUUAGACCUGAAAAAACUUGUGUCGCAUGUCUUCCCUCUUGAAAAAGCCGAGGAUGCGCUCCAUCUUUGCGCUGAUACACGAAACGGUAGUAUCAAGGUGUUGGUGGUCGAUGAGCAACAGGCAUCCUUAUAG